AAGAACAUAAACGUAAAGUUAAAAAAAAAUAUUUUAAUUAUUAAAACUAAACAAAAAAACAAAGAGAAAAGUGUUAAUUGAUUGUCAAGGCAACGGUCAUCGUUUUUUCUACUCUAUUCUGUAAUUUUGUACCAUUUGAUUUUGAUAUCGAAACUAUUUAAACGUCGCGAUGUCUCUGAGCGAUGCCACAAAGAUGCAAAUGAUGAAAUGCUUAAGCUGCGCCGCUGAGGGCGACAUGGGCAGGCGCUACGAGUGCAUCGUGUGCGGCGAGUCCGUGACCUAUUGCGGCGAGUGCUAUGACGGGGGCAAGAACGUUCCUAGCGAUAAGCACAAAUACUAUCAUCCCAUGAAAGCUAUCUAUAAUCGUGAAUUCUUCGAGCUCUAUUUCCUGGGCGAGGAGCUGGUCAACGGCGAGGCGCCACAGAGCUAUAAAUGCGCCUUUUGCGACGAGCUGGGCUUUACGGCCGAGGAGCUGCAGCUGCAUGUUCUCGAGAAGCAUAGCGGACACUCCGAUGCGCCCAAGCUAUUGGAUAUAUUGGAGCAAAUGAGUGAGGAGAAGAAAGCCACUGAGAUCCGCUGCCAGGAGAAGUCGCGUGGCGGCCUUAGCUAUGAGGUCAUCCUGGCCGAGCCGGCACCCAAUGUGGCUGUGCCCAAGCGACCCGUGACUCCGGGCAAGAAUGUCAGCGUCGAGGAAAUUGAGCAGAAGCUAAAGGCAGCCGAGGAGCGUCGCAUUUCCUUGGAGGCGCGCAAGAUGGCUGAGAUCUCUAUCAAGCUGGCCAAGGUGGAGGAGGCUACGCGCAAAAAGGAUGAAAUCACCAACGAGUUCAUCACUCAGACCAAGGAGCAGCUGGAGAACAAAAUGGAGACUCACGUGGAGAAGCGCGAGGCCAUUAUCAGCGACAUGAAGGAGAAACUAAAGAUUCAUGCUCAGGAGAUUGAGAAAACGCGCGAGACUUUGGAGCAGCAAAAGGCCAAUGAGCAAAAGGCCAUCGAGGAGAAGUUGAAGACGGCUCAGGCUUUGCGUGAUGAGAACAUCAAGAAGAUGUUGAAUCGUCUCAAGGAGCAUAACACAAUCAAAAUUGCUGAAAUCAAAACGCAGAACAAUCAAUUGGAAAAUCAAAAGCUCGAGGAGAAAGCGCGCAUUAUCGAAAACAAAUUAUUCACCGCCGAGCAGAAUCGCGAAAAGGAGUUGCUCAAAAAAAUAGAGAAAGCUCAGAAACUUGAACGUCGCGCUGAGGUAGUACGCCAGAAUAAAGCUCAGACUCAGGAUAUGGAUGGACAGCAGAGUCCCAUUGCCUCGUCGGGUUAGGGCGGUGCGCGGGCAAAGGCUGCUUGUAAGGGAGUUGCUCUGGCUUAGCCUGGGGCAAACAAAAGAGAGAGCGCGUCCCCGACACACAAUACACACACACAACAUACACACACAUUUGAAAAAGCAAACCGAAAUUUGCUGCGAUAAAAAUUUCAAGUAUUAAAAGAGAAAAUAACAUUUAAAAAAUUACAUUUUUCGCUGAGCAAAACGCAGCGCAGGCAACAAAGCAGAAGACGAAAACAAAGAACCACAAUAACUACAACACACUCCAAACUUUACACUACACUACAAAAAAAAAAAAAAAAAAGAAAAAAGCAAAUUUCAAGCUG